UCCUUCGUUACCAACCCUGGCCGCAGCCAUGAACCCCGACCUACGCAAGGAGCGGGCCUCCGCCACCUUCAACCCGGAGUUGAUCACACACAUCCUGGACGGCAGCGCCGAGAACACCCGGCGCCGCCGAGAAAUCGAGAACAUGAUUCUGAACGACCCCGAUUUCCAGCAUGAGGACUGUAACUUCCUCACUCGUAGCCAGCGUUAUGAGGUGGCUGUCAAGAAGAGUGCCAUCAUGGUCAAGAAGAUGAGGGAGUUUGGCAUUUCAGACCCUGAGGAAAUCCUAUGGUUUAAAAAACUGCCUUUGGUCAAUUUUGUGGAACCUCUGGGCCUCAAUUACUCCAUGUUUAUCCCUACCUUGCUGAAUCAGGGCACCACUGCUCAGCAGGAGAAAUGGCUGCACCCGUCCAAAGAACUUCAGAUAAUUGGCACCUACGCCCAGACGGAAAUGGGCCACAUUUUGUGCACCGAGGGCGACCUGAGCCUUUGGAUCUUCACUUGGGCAUGUUCCUGCCCACCUUGCUUCACCAGGCCACUGCAGAACAGCAAGAGCGCUUCUUCAUGCCAGCCUGGAAUCUGGAAAUCACAGGCACUUAUGCCCAGACAGAGAUGGGUCAUGGAACUCAUCUUCGAGGCUUGGAAACCACUGCCACAUAUGACCCCAGCACCCAGGAGUUCAUCCUCAACAGUCCCACCGUGUCCUCCAUUAAGUGGUGGCCUGGUGGGCUCGGGAAGACUUCCAACCAUGCAGUAGUUCUGGCCCAGCUUAUCACAAAGGGGGAGUGCUAUGGGUUACAUGCCUUCAUUGUACCUAUUCGUGAAAUCGGGACCCACAAGCCCUUGCCAGGUAUUACUGUUGGGGAUAUUGGCCCCAAAUUUGGUUAUGAAGAGAUGGAUAAUGGCUUCCUGAAGAUGGACAAUUAUCGUAUUCCUAGAGAAAACAUGCUGAUGAAAUAUGCCCAGGUGAAGCCUGAUGGCACGUAUGUGAAACCCUUGAGUAACAAGCUGACUUAUGGGACCAUGGUGUUCGUCCGGUCCUUCCUUGUGGGAGAAGCAGCUCGGUCUCUGUCCAAAGCAUGCACCAUUGCCAUCCGAUACAGCACCGUGAGGCGCCAGUCUGAAAUCAAGCCAGGUGAACCAGAACCACAGAUUUUGGAUUUUCAGACCCAACAGUAUAAACUCUUCCCACUCCUGGCCACUGCCUACGCCUUCCAGUUUGUAGGAAGAUACAUGAAGGAGACCUAUCAUCGGGUUAAUGAGAGCAUUGGCCAAGGGGACCUGAGUGAGCUGCCUGAGCUUCAUGCCCUCACUGCUGGGCUGAAGGCUUUUACCACCUGGACGGCAAACGCUGGUAUUGAAGAAUGUCGGAUGGCUUGUGGUGGGCACGGCUACUCUCACAGCAGUGGCAUUCCAAAUAUUUAUGUCACUUUUACCCCAGCCUGCACUUUCGAGGGAGAAAACACUGUCAUGAUGCUGCAAACGGCCAGGUUUUUGAUUAAAAGCUAUGAACAGGUACACUCAGGGAAGUUGGUGUGUGGCACAGUGUCCUACUUGAACGACUUGCCCAGUCAGCGCAUCCAGCCACAGCAGGUGGCAGUCUGGCCAGCAGUGGUGGACAUCAAUAGCCUUGACAGUCUGACUGAAGCCUACAAGCUUCGUGCAGCCAGAUUAGUAGAAAUUGCUGCAAAAAGCCUUCAGACUCAGAUGAGUCACAGGAAAAGCAAGGAAGUAGCGUGGAACCUAACUUCUGUUGACCUCGUUCGAGCAAGUGAGGCACAUUGCCACUACGUGGUAGUUAAGCUCUUCACUGAAACACUCCCCAAAAUUCAAGAUAAAGCUGUUCAAGCUGUCUUAAGGAACUUGUGUUUCUUAUAUUGUCUGUAUGGAAUCAGCCAGAAAGCAGGAGAUUUUCUUGAGGGGAACAUCAUGACAGGAGCUCAGAUGACACAAGUAAACCAUCGUAUACUGGAGUUGCUCACUGUAAUCCGCCCUAAUGCUGUUGCUUUGGUUGAUGCCUUUGACUUUAAGGAUAUGGCACUUGGCUCUGUUCUUGGCCGCUAUGAUGGGAAUGUGUAUGAAAACCUGUUUGAGUGGGCCAAGAAAUCCCCACUGAACAAAACAGAGGUCCACGAAUCUUACUACAAGCACUUGAAGCCUUUGCAAUCCAAGCUUUGAGGUGUCCCAAGGACAAGUUUAAUUUGCUCCAGGAAGCAGCAGAAAUUCUCUCCUGCCUGAUGCACAAAUCUGCAUGGAUCUUUAUUAUGAAAUUCAUGUAGCUAUAGAACAGAUGAUGGGUUGACCCCUGUUCUCUUUAUAAACGAGGAGGAAAUGAACAGAUUUUAGAGAUUAAAUGAAAAAAAUCAAUGUGUUUUAAGUGCAAUUAACACUGAAAGAGACUGUUAAGCACUCACAAGCUUAAGAACUGCAGUCUGAUGUCAUUUGUAAUGCUGCUGACCCCAGUAGGCCUUGACUUCUGAUAAUUAACAGUUUAAUUACUAAAUACUUAUUUUCGCAUUUUUAACUGCUAAUCACCGUGUUUUUAAACAAAGGUAUUUUACUGGGUAGAACUUUCCAGGCUUGCUGCUGCCUACCUACCACUACCUAUCUGCUGAACUGCAGGACUUGGCUAUAAAGUGGGACUAAGGAGGAGGGGCUGAGGCAGAAACCUGUGCACAGCACCUCACGUGCUUUCCUGGGCAUGCUGCUGCUCCUGUCAACUUCCACAGGAGCAUCUUCCACAAGAGGACUCCUUCAGCACGUACCCACUGCGGAACCAUGGCCUCAUGUUAGUUAGUCAUCCAUUUGUGUACUCUUAAUUUGUCGCCAUAGUAGCACCGUGGCUCCUCCACUCAUUUUCUGACAUAGUUAAACAUACUUAUCUCUACAUACAGCUUUUGGGCAUUGCCUGGGUCUGAAUCAUGGUGUUUGAAGUACAUUUCCUGGGACAAUCCAGAAUUGAAAUAUUCUGUCAUCUUGGCAUAAGCUAUAAAAUGCUUAGUGGGCACCAAUGCCAAAAUAUUUGGCUUUAAA